CCCGCGCUUCGCUGUCGCGUCUCCCUUCCUCUUCCUCUUCCUCUUCCUCCUCGCCGCCUUUCCAUCUUCAGGUCAUCACCGAAAUCUCUCCUCUCCCCUCCAUCUUCCCUCCCCCCUCAGCCUUUCCCCGUUCGCCAGCGCACGCCGCGCCGCUCAUCUAACUUUCUCGCAUCCCCCGUUCCGCCGCCUCGCGCGCGCGCGCGCGCCGUAUAUAUAUACCCGCAUUUCCUCGUGAAGAGCGUCUCCAUCUCUCGGCCGAACGAUCGUUCCUCAUGUCUUCGAUGGCGGGUGUGCGCGGGUCGGUCGCUCUCUCCUCGCCCGGCGCUCGCCCUUCCCUCCCCCCGGCGAAGGCGGCGGCGGCGACGGCGUCGUCCUCCCCCGCGGCGGUCUCCCUCCCCUCGCCGCGGCGGAAAGCCGGCGCCUUGCCGGGAUCCGUGGGGCUGAGGAUUCGGUCGCGACCGCUCGCUUCGUCGAAUUCCAAGGGCGCGAGGGGUUCUCGCUGCUCUCGAAAUGGACGGGUUGUGUGCGAAGCUCAGGACACUGCUCUCGACCUUCCUCCAGUGACAGAUACUACAUGGAAGUCACUUGUUCUCAAAGCUGAUGGGCCUGUGCUGGUUGAAUUUUGGGCCCCGUGGUGCGGGCCCUGCCGAAUGCUCCAUCCGGUGGUGGGAGAACUAGCGGACGAGUACGCUGGGAAGAUUAAGUGUUUCAAACUGAAUACCGAUGAGAGCCCUUCCAUUGCUACUAAAUAUGGAGUCCGUAGCGUACCCACGAUCAUGAUCUUCAGCAAUGGCGAGAAGAAAGAUUCAGUCCUCGGUGCAGUGCCAAAAACAACCCUCACAACCUGCAUAGAGAAGUUCUUGUGAAAGCAAAUAGUGAUGUGUAAAAGGUGAAUUGGCUAAUAUAUUUGAUUUUGCAGAGUUUCAUCUGUCUGUGUUAGUGUUUACCUAGAAUUCAAUGAUGUUUUUCUGUCUGGUGUGGGACAACAACAGAGCCCCAAGAAAAAUAAGAAAUUUUAUAUGAUACCAUUAGCUGGGUGGUGGAUACUUUUCAACCGUUCUGAGCAUGAAUAAUACAGCUUUCCCCUUUUGUCAA